GAGAGGGGAGGUGGGGAUGUCCGAAAAAUCCCGUCUCUUGUUCUUUCGUUAAAGUACAGGUACUUCAGCGGAAAUGAGAUUUUCAGUGAAACACCUUUUAACGGGCCUGUUGUUAUUAUCAUGUGUGCACAACAACCAAGCUUAUAGAGCGCUGUUCCUCGCGCCCGUUGCCUCGAAAAGCCACAAGAAUUUUUUCAGCGGCGUGGCCCAGGCGCUUGCUGAAGAUGGUAAUGAGGUAACCCUGGUGACGCCCUACGCACCGAAAUCGACGACCCCGAAUCUACGGGAGGUUGUCCUCAAGGACGCCGACCUUCACCACUAUUUCCCCAACGCCUUCUCCGGGAACAUCAUGGCCGCCCCUCUCAUAGUCAUGAAGGAGUCCUUUGGCGUCUGCCUCAGGACCCUAGGAUCUCCCGAAGUCCAGGGUCUGCUGAAGGAGGCGUUCGACGUGGUGCUCCUCACUUCCUUCUUCUCGAACUGCUACUUGGCUGUGGUUCAUCAGCUGAAGGUUCCUUUCAUCUACGUGUCGCCUCUGGGACUCGUUGGCCCCCAGGCUGACCUCGCGGGAAACCCGACCUUCCCAUCCUUCUGUGCAGCGCCGGUGUUUACCUUCGAACACCCUCUGACUUUUACCCAGAGGAUGGCUAAUGCUCUGGGUGAAGCGGCGGCGUCGGCGAUUUUCAGAUAUGGGAUCGGAUAUGUAAGUGACUGGAAAUGCAGAGAGAGUGGUCUUUGUCCGGUUGACAUGCCACCGAUUAAUGAGAUGCGCCUAAAUUCUAGUUUAGUCAUCCUUAACAGUGUGAAGAACCUGGAGACGCCCGUUCGGCCUUACGUCCCCGGGGUGAUCCACGCCGGCGGAAUACACUGCAGGGCGGCUGAACCUUUGCCUGUGGACCUGGCGAAGUGGGUAAACGAAUCAGGUGAAGCGGGUUUCAUCUUCUUCAGCCUCGGGUCGGCAGUGAAACCUUCGGACAUGCCGGAAAAGUACCGAAAAGUGUUAGUAAACGUCUUCGGUUCCCUACGGCAGCGCGUGUUGUGGAAGUGGGAUGUAGAAAGUAUGGUCGAUCUACCCCCCAACGUCAGGCUGGAGAAGUGGUUGCCGCAACAAGACAUUCUUAGUCACCCUAAGUUACGUCUUUUCAUCACUCACGGCGGCCUGCUAAGUACCCUCGAGUCGACAUACCACGGUACGCCUGUCCUUGGGGUACCUGUGUUCGGGGACCAAGUUGGUAACAUGAUGGAGGUGCAGAGACAAGGAUGGGGGAGGACCCUGCGUUGGGGGGAGUUUGAUGAAGAUGUUUUGAGGGAGACGAUCUACAGCAUCAUGGAUAAUCCCAAAAUGCUAGCGGUUGUGGAGCGUCGAUCGGCUAUCAUGCGUGACCUUCCUCGGUCUCCGGCUCAUGAGGUCUCCUACUGGGUCGGUUAUGUGGUGCGACAUGGCGGGGCACGGCAUAUGCGGUCCCCCGUAUACACGAUGCCCUGGUACCAUCUAUACAACGUAGACGUAUGGGGAGCAGUAACAGUGUUAUUGUGUGUACUAAUAUACGCUACAGUGUGGACCUCCUGCUUCUGUUUCCGACGAAUCAGAAAGUUGAAGAAAGAUUGAUAAAGCAGAAGAAGAGAAAAUUAGAACGAAGAUUUAUGAAAAGGCUGUGAUGGAUAUUUAAUAUUAUGCGAUUUGGGGAAAUUUCAUGAAGCAAGACAGAGAUGCAUAUGAGGAAAUUUCAGAUAUAAAUACUCGCAGGUUUGUUGUAGAUAAUGAAUGCGAUUCAUUAUAUAUAUAUAUAUAUAU